AUGCCUCAAGAUCUUCCGUCACAACGUGAGAAGCUGUAUAACGUGAUCCCGGACGUCGUCGAUUUUGCGCUGACGGGCCUUGAGGAACCGCAGUGCGUGUUGGUUGUGCAGCUCGUCGACGUCCCUGAACUAGAGGAUGAUGGCUGGGAACUCCCUGCGGAUGACGAGGAUGACAGUGUCGCGGUCCUCGAGGUCAUCCCAAAGGGUGAGGAUGAGCUCCGCGUGUUGGCGCGUGCGUGUCUCGGGUUGGACGAGAACGUCAUCGAUGGCGAGGCCGUGGAAGUGAUAGAUAUCUGGUUGGAACGCGUAGCGCAGAAACCAAUUGUCCUUGCUUGUGGAAUAUUCGGUUGUGUUUUGGGCAGACAUAUUGUUGCUGCAUGCUGGGAACGCUCAUUGGCAUUUAUGGUUGUGGGCUUCAGCUGGAUACGCAUCGUCGUGGUUAAUAUCUCCGUUAUGAUUAGCACGUUACGAGCAUGGACCAUCGACGAUUCGCCCGCCUAA